CUCGAUGUUCACAUGUAAACAUUGUCCCGCCUCAAUAAGAUGUGCGAUGGACGCGACCGUUUGCAUCUAAACUAGUUUAGUCACAGUAUAGAUUCGACGCGCUGUUGAUGUUGAUAGAUGUAUUUGAAACAGCUGAGCGGCGUUGUCUUGAGCUGAUAAAAAAAAGACGCGGUCACUCAAGGACGCGCGACCGCUAGCUACUCUGUGGUAUUUCCCGUUGGACGGGCAACAAUGUCACACAAACAAAUGACGUAUUAUCGCGGGUGCAUGCUCAGUGAUUUCUAGAUCGUAGUUACAAAUUUCGUGCCGUUUGAGUCAAGUUCCUGGAGUUCAAUUCGUCAAUUCAGUUUCCAAAGUAAUCGUUCGGGGAAAACACGGGCAAAUUUUAUCGCCUUGUUUUCACUAUCAGCUGUUACGACAAUGUGGAGUGCGGUCGUCAACACGACAGUCAUGGUAAGAAAAUACGAAAGAAUGAGCGGCCGCCAAUCUUGGAAUGAGGAGGAAAUGGCGAAAGCUGUUGCAGCCGUCGUGUCAGGCAAGAUGGGCUACAAACUGGCUGCCAGGACCUUCCACAUACCUCGCUCUACCCUGCAGAGACGAGCCAGCAAAGUGAGAUACCAACAGCCAGAUGACACCAAACCCCUAAUGGGACACUACAGACGCGUGUUCACUGAAAGCCAGGAAAAAGACUUAGUUGGAUAUAUAAAGAGCAUGGAGAAAUACUUCAUGGGUGUAUCUAGGAGGGAUAUAAGAGAGCUGGCGUUUCAGUACGCUGAAGACAACCACCUAAACCACCCAUUUGAUGUAAACGCCAGAAUGGCAGGCGAGGAUUGGGUUAGGAACUUCUUGAAACGAAACCCGGAGUUACUAGACAAGUCGGAAAAAGAAUUUGAUCUGGAGCCGGUGAACUUCGACCAGUUCUACCACUUUAUGUGUCAAUCAUCAUGAUGCUCGUAAAGGGACAGAGCUAUCUAGUUGUAAGUAAAGGUCAUGUGCAACCCACCCGAGAGAGCCUCUCGAUAAACACAUACCAGAGCCCCAACUUGUAUGAAAACAACGCUAAGGUAAUACAAUUAUCGGACAUUUUAAAUUGUACCUUUCCUGAUAACCUUCCGGCGAGAGGUGCUCCGAGUAAACACCUUAUAUGUGUCUUAAAGGAUAAAUUAAGAAGUGAAUGUUGUGUAGAUUAUAUACAUUUGGGCAUUCGGCUAGGGUAAGGUAAUUUUGGAAACGUUUUGAAUGCUGAAUUGAAGAGAAGUGGAGCCUAGCUCAUGUAAUAAGUCAAAUAUAUGAUUUAGCUCGUAAUAUUGUUUCCCUUACGUACUUACUGGGCAUAACGUUCUGAAAGUUAUUUGAUGUUAAUAGUUUAAAUUGUGUUAUUUAAUAAUAAUAGAAAAAUUAUGGGCUGUGAUAAAAAGAAGUGUAUUUAUGGGAACAUAUCAUCGAAGGAUGUAUGAGUAUAUAUUUGCAGAAUGAAAACGAACUCACAGAGAAAUUUAAUACAAUGUCAUCAUAAUAUGAGUAACAUUAUAUUUUUAAUAUCGAUAAUUGAAUUAAAAGAAUAAUUCAAUAUUAACAUCAGAUGGUUACCCGCAAUAUUGUGAGUUUAAUAAAUAAGAAAUAUAUGCGUUAUAUUUUUAGCAUAAUUAUAAAAGUUUUAUAAAUUUAUAAUAUUUCUACAGCAGCCUAAAAGUUUUUUAAUAUAUUAAUCAAAGUUUUUUAUAUAUCCCUGGGGAUUGAUAAUAUUAUUAUAAAAAUUAUAAUCAGUUCACCGAAGCUGAAGAUUAUGUAACUUGCAAACUAUUUGUUAGAUAAUUUAAUCAAUUUAUAUUAAACAUUGGUUAAUGAUUCCAUGGCAUAAUGAAUUUCGUCAUUAGUAAUAAAAUACUAAACGCUUACCUGAUUGCACUGUCCUAUAGAAUGAACCGAAGUGCUUAUCGACUUAAUUCUUAUAAUUUAAUUUAGUGUCCUUUUAAAAGACCCAACUGAACCGAUAUUUUAUUUGAUAAUUUUUAAUAUUUUAAUACAUUUUAUAGUGAGUCAAUCUAAAUAUAAUAUAAAAGAGUAAGUGUUUAAUAUAUUAUAGAUGAAAAAAAAAAUAUUGAAGUAGUCGUUACUUUGCGGAAAUCCAUAAUUAUCCAAAUGUUUUGAGUUUUCUCUAGUGGAGUCUCGUGCCAGAGUUUGGCGAGUCAAAAUCUCCUGAUGAUGCAUCGUGUAGAGGCGAAACAUGUGUCGAAUUGUUUAAAGACUGUUUAUAUAUUGGCGGAUAUACACUUCAGAAAACUCAAAACAUUUAGAUACUAUAAAGAUAUCAAAAAUAUGUUUCUAGUUACUACGUUAGUGUUGUUCAAAGAGUUAUAUUACUUUUAUAAAUUGGCAAAAAAUCUAUUUUAUGUUAUUAUAGCCUAAACACAUGGUCGGAUUUGGUACGGUCGGACUAUAAGAUGGUCCGUUGGGCGCCUCACACCUAUUGGACCAAUGUUAUACUCGGUACGGUCCGGACGGUAAUAAUAAUAAUUUUGUACAAUGGACCAUGGAAUAUAGUCCGCUAACAGACUGUGUCCGAUGGUUUGGCCGUACCAAAUCCGUUCAUGUGUGUAGGCUCUUAUAGUCUUAGGCUAAAUGCAAUAUUUUUUGGGUGCAAUCAGGAAUUUCGAUUACAUUACGUCCAUAAUAAUAAUUGGUGAUAGUUUUGGGGGAAAUAUAGGUAUUUGUUUGUUUUUAAUUGACAUAGAUAAUAUAUUUAUGUCACGUAUCGCCUUCAAAGAUGAUGUUACCUGAUUGUCUUGAUCUCCUAGUUUUAAAAUUGAAAAAAAAAAAAAAACAAAAUAUUAUUAUGUUUGUUUUAUUUAUGUGAUUGGUUAAAAAGGUUAUGUUUUGAAAGAUAGUUAGAAUGCCAAACUUAAUUAUUGUUACCUUUAUUAUUUAAGUACUUAAAUUAUCAGUAAAAUAAAUUAUGGUAAAAGUGAAA